UUCUCAUCAAUCAAUGGCGAUUUUCUCAAGAACCAAACGUGUCACUGAUCCACUCGAAGAAGACGCCAAGGCUCGAAUCUUCCACCACCACCAAAGCUGCACCAUUCCAGACCAAGACUCUCCUCCACUCUCCGAACUCGUUCACAGUUUCCUCGAGGAGGAUGGUAGUCCCGAAGACACAUCAUUACAAACAUCCCACAACUCUGACACCGACGAGAAUUCUGAAUGUUCCGAUGAGGAGAUCGUGAGAAUGGCCGUAAGCUUCUCCGAUUCCGACCCUUAUCGGAAUCUACUGCUAGCUCACGUUUUACGAACCGUGGAAGCAUAUUCCGGUCUAAGAUCCCGGAAAAACUCUGUUUUCGUGGACAAAGUAGCAUCCUUUCUUCAAGAGCUUGGCCACGACGCGGCGGUUUGUGUCUCGAAAUGGAACUCAUCGGCUAAACUCAACUCCGGGAGUUACGAGUUUAUAGACGUCGUUUACAAGCCGGCGGAUGAUCGGACGGCCGUCGCCGUUCGUUACGUCGUCGAUCUUGACUUUGCUUCGAAGUUCGAGAUCGCGAGACCCACGCGACAAUACACGCGUGUGUUUCAGUUGCUGCCUCGUGUUUUCGUAGGGAGAGAGGAGAGUUUGAGGACGGUGGUGAGAGAGUCGUGCGAGGCGGCGAGACGGUCGUUGAAGAGUUGUGGCUUGUCUGUGCCACCGUGGAGGAGAAGCUCUUACUUGCAGCAAAAGUGGUUUGGUCCGUACAAAAGAAGGGUUGGAUCUAGCUUGGGAGUAACGGCGUUUAGUAAAGACGCCGUUAGCUGUCGCUCUAUGGGGUUUGAUGACGCCGUUAAUGCUCGUUUGUUCAUCAGGACGUGACUGGAUCCAUGCAGUAUCAAGUGUAGGCCUAUAGCUACGUAGGGACUACACUUUUUUUUCUUCUUUUCAUCGAUUUUAAAAUUUUUUUAUAUAUCAUUAU